GGAUGACAUAACACUGCGGAGAACAGGCCUGGAUGAGCCUAUCAGGACGGAUCAACUUCCUCACGAUGCUACAUCGUCAAGCAGACUGGCGGAUUGUUUUUAUGCGACGGCGGUCCUGAAAUUUGGGCGUGAGGUAUGUUGCAUUUGUGACGAUCGACGAUAACGUGGUAGACAGAGAGGACCCCAUCUUCAGGAUGUGCGACAAUUUUUGGGAGCCACUAGCCGAGAUCUACAUCGCGGAUCGCGAGGCCUCCCAUCCUGAUGAUUAUAUUUACUGUCUUUGUAGCAGAGUAUUUAUCCGGAAUCCUGAAGUUUAUACUGUCUUAGCUUCAGAAGAUGCCAGUGAAGGAGAAGAUGCAGAUGGGGAUUAUGUGGGAGAGAUGCUAGAUCUUUGUAAAGGAUCUGGAGUAGAAACACAAUCUCUUGAAAAGCAUGAUGAAGAGCCAGUAAGCUGUUAUUGCAGUGCUUCUCAUACAGAUAACAAUUAUUCUACGGACGAACAUGACUCUGUACGCGAUUCGGCUCAUUGGCCCACUGCACAUUCCUUGACCCAGAAAUUAGGUCUGCAUCAGUCUGAUUCUGGUGCAGACUUAUCUGAAUAUCAUGAUCAGCAUGAAGCAAAAAGUAUACAAAAUCUUGUAGCAUCUUAUGGAAAAACUUUCCAAACUAUAGAAACUGAAGUUGAAAAUAAUGAUGAAAAUGUGGAUAUGUUGACUGAGUAUGAACAUGUAUUAGGUGAUAAGGAAUCAAUGGUACAAAAUUUAUCAGAUAGUACCACUAUAUUAAAUACAAAAGGACACAACAAAGAUCUCAUUAUACAAUAUGAUUGUAACUCUUACGCUUAUCCCUAUUCUGCAGAUUAUGGCAGUAAUAAGAAUGCAAUGGAUGUAGCAUGGGACAAGUUUUGGGCUAAACAUGGAGAGCAAUUAAUUUGGGCAUCCUGGAUCGAAAAAUACGCUGAUUAUAUCAAUCCUGAGUAUUUUCAAAAUAAUGCACGCACAACAGAAGACGAAAAGUCGCAGGAUGCAGAGAUUAAUGAAGUAGCCAUAGAAAGAUAUUAUGAGCAAAAUACAUGUUUCCCAUCACAAGCGCAUAAAAAUUGCGAACUUGUACGUUCUAACUUUGCAGGAAUUUUCAAUAAGAGUUAUUCGAGCGACAGCGAAUUAAAACCAGCAGCCAUAUCUUCUUCGAAUACUAGCUUUUCAUUUGAACAAGUAAGUAGGCAAGAAGUUCAUGACAAAGAUGCAGAUGAAAAUAGGAAAAAAAUCCUCAAUUUCGAGAUAUCACCGGAAGAUGGCGAUGGUUGGAAUCCGUUAAGCCCACUUAGUAUAGAAGAAAAUUAUAAUCAUCAUUCUAAUGCAGAAGAUGAAAGGUUACUAAUGAGAUGUGACUCCGUUAAUGGCUCAAUAACGAAAACGAACGCAACUUCCGAUUCCAUGACUAACGUUACUAAAAUGACGUUAACUAGUUCCAGUUGUGAUUCCAAUUCCGUUCAUUCGUCUAGUCUCGUUACUUCCGUUACAAGUUCCAUAGAAAGCAGCAUGACUAGUAGUUCCGAUCAAGAAAACGAAUUUUCAGUGGAAGACAACGACAAACAUUGGCAGCAUUUAUGGAAGGAGAAUUUUGAGACGCAAUAUCAAAAACAGUACGAAUUGUUCAUAGCUAAUUAUAAAAAAGAGCACAACAUAGACUAUAAUCAAUUAGAUUUUAACACAUUGAAUGAGCCAUGUGGUAAUUCAUUGAAUGAACAAUGUGAUAAUUCGUUCUUACUUCGACAAGACGAGAUGGCGCUGCAAUGUCAACAGGACAGACAUAGCGAAGAUCCUUUAGAGAUUCACACCCACGUGAAUAAAAAAAACGAGAACACGGAUACUGUACAAACUUACUUACUUACACCAAAUAAAGUAAGUGUCGGAAAUAAAAACUCGCGAAAGGGCAGCAGCGUAUCAGUGAAUUCAAAAUCCAAGAGCACAGAGAAACAUAGAACACAAAGACUGAUUAUGGAUUCAGUGGGUGUGCUUAUGAAGAAUUUAACAAUAAGGGUAGAAGAGAAUAAGUCGACUGAUGUUGUUGAGGAAGAAGAAAUGCAUGAAAAAUCACAACAGAUUCAUACUCAAGAUUCGAUAAUUACUGAAAGCAAAAUGGAAAUAAUUGAUUCCAAUAGUGAUUUUAACAAUAGUCGUCAACAAAAGUCUUCUGAUGGAGGAGAUGAAUUUUACGAAGAGGUUCAAGAAAUUUAUAGACAAAGUUACAAAGCUGAUUGUAAUGAUAAUGAAGAUGGUUUAGAAACUGUGAAAAAAGCCUUUUCAUUAAUGGGUUAUGCCAAUUUAAUCGAGAAUGAAAGCCAAAGAAAAUUGCAAGGCGAAGUUGUUUAUCGGAAACGUAAUAUUAGACGGCAAAGUUUCCAAUUAAUGGCGGAAUUAAAACGGUUAAAAACUAAAUAUAAAUGUACUCUUGAUGAUGCAGAAACACUCGUCAGAUAUACAAAUAAGACAAACAAGUAUUUGUCUUGUGAUCCAGCAUCAAUACCAGCAGAAAUCGAUGUGCAAUCUAAUGAUAAAGGUUCCUACACAAAGGUACAAUCUGCUCUUACGUCGAGUUCGGAUGAUGAAGAUAGCAUAAAGAUGAUGCAAAGGAAAAAAAGAAGGAAGCAGUUCAAAAGGUUAAAUAAAAUCAUUCCGAGAGAGAUAGCCAAUGAUUAUAGGUUAAGGAAAUAUUACUUCAAACGAUUUGGUCUCUUCAGCAGAUAUGAAGAUGGAAUUAAGUUAGAUCGAGAGAGUUGGUUUUCUGUAACACCAGAGGAAAUAGCAAAGGAUAUAGCAGAAAGAUGUAGAUGCGAUACUAUUAUUGAUGCAUUUUGUGGUGCAGGCAGCAAUGCCAUUCAGUUUGCAUUUACAUGUGAAAGAGUAAUUGCCAUAGACAUCGAUCCUAAUAAAAUUAAGAUCGCUCGGCAUAAUGCAGGAAUUUAUGGUGUAGAUGAUAGGAUAGAAUUUAUUAUUGGAGAUUUCCUGCAAUUAGCACCACAGUUGGUUGCAGAUGUCGUGUUUUUGAGUCCGCCAUGGGGCGGUCCUGAUUAUAUAAAGAGAAAAGUAUUUGAUCUCGAAAGUAUUAUGCCUCCCAUUGGUGGAAGAAGUAUAUUCGAAGCAGCAAGAAGAAUCACUCAACAUGUGGCCUAUUAUCUUCCUAGAAAUUCAGACCCUCUGCAGAUUAUAAUGUUAACUGAAAAAUAUGACAAAGUGGAAAUUCAACAAAACAUGUUCAAUGGGAAGUUUACUGCUUGUACAGCUUACUAUGGUGAAUUGGCCAAGACGUAAUUUAAGUGAUGAAAUAAGAAAUAUUUUAGUUCACAUUUUUUCAGUUAUUUCGACUUGCUUAUC